AUGCCCUCCAAGUCCGGUCCCACCGACCAGUCAGCUCGGCUCGAGCUGAAUCUAGAUCGUCAAGACAGCACCGACCCCCCUCUAACAGAAACAACCUGUCCGGAACCCGUUGAACCCAUCUCCUCCCAACGUCAACAAUGGCACGCUGGUGCGACAGCCGAGGCAACGACGGCAACUAAAGACGAAGCUGCGCGUACACCCUCUCCAGCUCCAACCCUCCUCUCUCCACACGCAACACACCUCUACACGUUGUCCUACCUCAUCUUCUUCUCCAUAUUCGGCACCCUCGCCCGCCUAGGCCUCCAAGCCCUAACAUUCUACACCAGCGCGCCCGUCGUCACAGGCGUCCUCUGGGCAAAUGUAGGCGGCAGUCUAAUAAUGGGCUUCCUAUCCGAAGACCGCAAUCUCUUCCGCGAAGAAUGGGGUCGCAAACCCUCCGCCCCGCCAAAAGACAGCACCGAAGCCGCCGAGCAGAGCAAAAACCACAAAGCCGUCAAGAAAACCAUUCCGCUCUACAUCGGCCUCACAACAGGUUUCUGCGGCUGCUUUACUUCCUUCUCCUCGUUUAUCCGCGACGUUUUUCUUGCCCUGGCAAAUGCCCUCCCAAAUCCCUCCCUCUCGGACGCCGGCGACCCCAUCGCAUCCCGUAACGGCGGGUACAGUUUCAUGGCGCUGGUCGCGGUGAUACUCCUAACCGUCUCGCUGAGUCUAUCAGCCCUGAUCUUCGGCGCACACCUCGCCCUCGCGCUGGCAAAAUUCACACCAACAGUCCCCUUCGCGCUAACGCGGCGCGUCCUAGAUCGCGUCAUCGUCCUCCUAGGCUGGGGCUGUUGGCUCGGAGCCGUCUUUCUGGCCAUCUGGCCGCCAGACCGGGGCAGCGGUGAUGGCGAGACGUGGCGAGGUCGCGCGGUGUUUGCAUGUGUCUUUGCGCCGGUGGGCUGUCUAUUGCGAUUCUACCUGUCGCUGCAUUUGAAUGCUCGGAUCCCUGCUUUCCCGCUGGGCACGUUUACGACUAACAUCUUUGGUACGGUCGUUGAGGGCCUUUGCUUUGAUCUCCAGCAUGUCAGUGGGCUUGGGGCUGGGGUUCCGGCUGCUUUGACCGGGUGCCAGGUUUUGCAGGGUGUUAUGGAUGGGUUUUGCGGGAGUGCUACGACGAUUAGCACGUGGGUUGCGGAGUUGAAUGGGCUGUCGAAGAGGCGGUAUGCGUAUGUGUAUGGUGUUACGAGUGUGGUUGUUGCGCUUGGGUUUUUGAUUGUUAUUAUGGGCUCGUUGCUUUGGACGCGGGGGUUUGAUGAGGCGGUUUGUGGAUGA